AUGGGCUUGGUGAUGGCAGGAGCCUAUACAGCAUCCAUUCCUUUCAAGCCGCUGAUCUACAUUGGGGGCAUUCUGCUCACACCUUGGGUGGCAGACAACGCCUGCCGGCCGCAUCCGGAGUCGCCGUUUCUUAGACGGGUUCAGGGUUUCGUAGCUUCAUGGAUAUUGGUUCGUUCGUUCGUUCGUUCGUUCGUUCGUUCGUGUGUGUGUGGACUCCCGGUAGCAAAGACGCCAGCUUCCCCGGUGAUGCAUCCAGGGACGCAUGGCUGUGCACCUGCAAGUGGCUGUCUUAGAGAUCCUGUAUCUCAAGCUGUACAUGCCGAUGCUGCAUCUUUGCUGUUUCUUCAACCUUUACAACCAGAGCAGCAAUUAUGUGUCUACAGAGCAUGGAAGCAGGAAUGGAACAUCCCAUAG